UUUCUCUGUGAGCUGAGCUGGGAGCCACCCUCGAGGUACACUGGUCUAUAAAGAUCCCCAACCCCAUCGCAAGCCUCCAACUCCAGCCCAACGUUCUUCAUCGUUCUUCAUCUCUGCAAUCAGUGCAGAGAUGGAGAAGCAGAGCGCCAAGAAGGCGAGGACGGCUCCCGUGAAAGGGGGGGCGGUAAACGAGCCCCAGCAGCAGGAGGAAGAUGAAUCCGCCGGCUCUUACACAAUCGAGGCGGAGGCACUGCGAUGUGACAUCUGCUUCAAGCCAUUCGGAGAGCAGAUCUUCAUGUGCAAGAACGGGCACCCUGCCUGCGGGAGCUGCUGCCUCAUCAUGGACCGGAUGUGCUUCUGCACCGAACCCAUCGGCGACAUCCGGUGCCGCGCGCUGGAGAAGGUCCUGGCGGCCAUGACCAGGCCCUGCACCUACGUCACCUACGGCUGCCACCAGACCGUCACCUACACCGAGAGGCGGCGCCACGAGGAGGCGUGCCGGUACGCGCCGUACCACUGCCCGUUCGAAGGCUGCACCUACUACGGCCUGCUGCUGUACAACCACAUCCAGGACCUCCACGCGUCCGGCUCCGACGACGACGAGGCAGCGGUGGUCGUGCGCUGCAACCGGCGCUCGGCCGUCACGCUGGAGAAGACCAUGCCCUUCCGCGUGCUCCUGCACCGCGACGGCGCCAGCAUGUUCCUCCUGCUCAACGGCGGCGACGUCCUGGCCGGGCGCUCGCUGUCGCUCGUCUGCAUGGGCCCUCGCCCCACGGGGAACGCCGAGGUGAAGUACAAGAUGGAGGUGAAGAAGCGGAACGACCCGGAGGCGCUCGUGCUGUGGAGCUCCGGGGCCGCGCCCUUCGUCCGGCGGCUCAAGGAUUUCCAGGCCAGAGGGUUCCUCUUCGUGCCCAACUCCUACUGGGACUCCUCCGACAGCGUCUCGGUCACGGUGCACCUCACCGACGGCUGGUGAUCGAUCGAGCACGGUCGGUGAAGCUGCACGCUGGUUUGGUCACGGUGCACCUCACCGACGGCUGGUGAUCGAGCCCCAUGGGUGACGAUGCACGCCGGUUUGGAUGGUUGAUGACUAGCAUGUUGUGUUAUGGACUUCUGGUCAAGAACAGUACUAGAGUAGCUCAGUUACUUUUGCCGUCUAGUCUAGGACUUACCGACUUAGUUUGUGCCAGCGAUCUGCCCGUCUGUGUGAUGUUAGUUCCAUGUUCUUUAUGGUAUGUGACCUGAAGUUCAUCUAUCUAUGUACUAUCUUGGCGUGUUAACCAUGUUAUGUUU